GAUUUGGGCACUAAUUAUUCUAUCUUUUUAAGGUUAGAUAUUCUCAAAUUGAUGGUGGGUCUAACUAGUUGAUUCCAUUUAUUCAUUUCAGAGAGGGAGAUGGAGAGAACAAAGAAACCCCAUGUAUUGGUAAUUCCCUACCCAACUCAAGGCCAUGUAAACCCUAUGCUCCAAUUCUCCAACACCUUAUCCUCCAAAGGAAUUCAUACCACGGUGGCUCUCACCACCUUCAUCUUCAAUACUUUCAAACCAUCGACGACUACCUCGUUCGAGUGGGACACCAUCUCUGAUGGCUUCGACGACACCGGGUUCACUGGAGCGAGAAAUAUCGACGACUAUCUCUUUCAAAUCAAAACAAACGGCACCAAAACCCUAAUAGACCUCAUACGCCGCCACCAAAGCUCCGAUCACCCAAUCCACGGCAUCGUGUACGACUCGUUCAUGCCUUGGGCCCUCGACGUCGCCAAGGGCUUCGGCCUUAUGGCGGCGGCAUUCUUCACUCAGCCUUGUUCCGUCAACUUUAUUUACUAUUGUUCGCACGUGGGGUUGCUGAGUCUGCCCUCAUCGCCGGUGACUAUCCCGGGGCUGCCGUCCUUCUUCUCAGCUCCUGAUUGCUACCCACAGUAUUUCCAAUUGGUGUUGAAUCAGUGGUCCAACAGAGAGGGAGCUGAUUGGAUCCUAGUCAACUCUAUCCAUGAAUUUGAGGCUGAGGAAGGAGACGAAAUAUUGAAAAUUGGUCCAACACUAACAAUAGGGCCAACCAUUCCAUCUUUCUACCUAGGGAAUCCUAUUGAAAACGACAAGAAAUACGAGUUGAAUCUCUUCAAAGUCGGGGCAGAUGAGGCAUAUUUAACAAGAACAUGGCUAGAAUCCAAACCAAACAGAUCGGUUGUUUACGUGUCAUUUGGCAGCAUGGCCAACUUAAGUAUAACUCAAAUGGCAGAGUUUGCUAGUGGAUUAGUCGAAAGUAACUACUACUUCAUCGGGGUGAUUAGGGUAUCGGAAGAAGAAAAACUUCCUAAAGGCUUCGGGCCCGAAAAGGGACUAACAUUGAAUUGGUGCUCCCAUCUAGAAAUGCUUUUGAAUAAAGCAAUUGGUUGCUUCUUCACGCACUGUGGUUGGAACUCGACGCUCGAGGCCUUGUGCUUGGGAGUGCCGAUGUUGGGCAUGCCGCAGUGGACCGAUCAGCCAACGAUCGCUAAGUAUGUGAAGGAUGUUUGGAAGGUGGGCGUGAGAGUGAAGGUGGGUGAGGAUGGGAUUGUGAGGAAGGAUGAGAUUAAAGCUUGUAUAGAGGCAGUGAUGGAGGGAGAUAGAGAUAGAUCCAUUGAAUUCAAACAAAAUGCUUUGAAAUGGAAACAGCUUGGCUUGAAAGCUCUUCAACAAGGUGGCAGUUCUAUGAAGAACAUUGAUCAACUCGUUUCCAGCUUGAGGGAGAAGACAUCAGCUGAUUAUAGAUUUUUAAUUAUGUUUAUGUCUUUGUCAUUCAACAUUGGUGUCCAAAAUGUAUUUAUAUUAUUAUGCAUGUAGUUGAAAACAAUUUGGUUGGAAAAUACAAUACGAAGUCAUCAUUAGUUCAUGCAA